GAGCGGAGCAGCUACAGUGGUGAGACACACGUAUAGGAGUUCGGUCCAUCUCUACCGCAGCUAGCUAACCCCGCAGCAAGGCCACUGCGGGAAGAUGGCGACGGAAAAAGCAAAGCAUGAUGGAAGAGUUAAAAUUGGACAUUACAUUCUCGGAGACACCCUCGGAGUGGGGACAUUUGGAAAGGUUAAAGUGGGCCAACAUGAGCUGACCAAGCACCAAGUGGCGGUGAAGAUCUUGAACAGGCAGAAGAUCCGAAGUUUGGACGUGGUGGGAAAGAUUCGCCGGGAGAUCCAGAACCUCAAGCUUUUCAGGCACCCUCACAUAAUUAAACUGUAUCAGGUUAUCAGCACCCCUACAGAUAUUUUCAUGGUGAUGGAGUAUGUCUCAGGGGGAGAGCUCUUUGACUACAUCUGCAAAAAUGGAAAGUUGGAUGAAAAGGAGAGUCGGCGACUGUUCCAGCAGAUCAUUUCAGCAGUAGACUACUGCCACAGACACAUGGUGGUACAUCGAGACCUUAAGCCAGAAAAUGUGUUACUUGAUGCACAUAUGAAUGCCAAGAUUGCAGACUUUGGUUUGUCAAACAUGAUGUCAGAUGGAGAGUUCCUGAGAACAAGUUGUGGUUCCCCUAACUAUGCUGCUCCUGAGGUCAUCUCAGGAAGGUUAUAUGCUGGUCCAGAGGUGGAUAUCUGGAGUAGCGGGGUCAUUCUCUAUGCCUUGUUGUGUGGAACACUUCCCUUUGAUGAUGAUCACGUGCCAACACUUUUUAAGAAGAUCUGUGAUGGGAUCUUCUUCACCCCGCAGUAUCUGAACCCUGCAGUGAUAAGCCUACUUAAACACAUGCUGCAGGUGGACCCAAUGAAAAGAGCCACCAUCAAAGAGAUCCGAGAGGAUGAGUGGUUCAAACAAGAUCUACCUAAGUACUUGUUCCCUGAGGACCCCUCCUAUAGCAACAACAUGAUUGAUGACGAGGCCCUGAAGGAGGUGUGUGAGAAGUUUGAGUGUACAGAGGAGGAGGUCCUUGCCUGCAUAUACAGUCGCAACCAUCAGGACCCACUGGCUGUCGCCUACCAUCUCAUCAUUGACAAUCGUCGCAUCAUGAGUGAAGCCAAGGAUUUCUACUUAGCAUCUAGCCCUCCUGACUCUUUCCUAGAUGACCAACACCUGACUUCGUCAGGUGCAGCCAUAGUCAAGCCUCACCCUGAGCGCGUACCUUUUCUCGUGGCGGAGACUCCUCCCAGGAGUAUCCGCCACACACUGGAUGAACUGAACCCCCAGAAAUCCAAGCACCAGGGUGUUAGGAGGGCCAAGUGGCACCUGGGUAUACGCAGUCAAAGUAGACCAAAUGAUAUCAUGACGGAAGUGUGCCGUGCAAUGAAACAGCUGGAUUAUGAAUGGAAGGUUGUGAAUCCAUAUUAUCUGCGUGUGAGAAGGAAGAAUCCUGUUACUGGGAUGCUAGCCAAGAUGAGCCUUCAGUUGUACACAGUGGACAGUAGAACCUACCUCCUUGACUUCCGUAGCAUAGACGAUGAUAUGUUGGAGACAAAAUCUGGAACUGCUACACCUCUCCGCUCUGGCUCUGUGGGCAACUACCGGACCACUAUUAAGAACGAUGUAGAUGGAGCAGAGCUUCCAGGUACGCCUAGUACUGUGCACCCCACCAAGACCGCAGAAGGCUCCUUGACAUCAUCGUUGACCUCAUCCAUUGAUUCAACAGGAGGCGGGGACAACGCAUCUGUACCACGACCAGGAAGCCACACCAUCGAGUUCUUUGAGAUGUGUGCAAAUCUUAUUAAACUACUUGCACGAUAGCUUACAAAACAAUCGCUAGCCUUUUUUUCCUCUGAGUGUCUUUAUAGCAAUAAGCAUGCAACCGAAUCGUGGCUCGGUUCAUCCUGGCUGAGGAUGAAGUGAUUGUUCCAUGGCACUGAUGCAGGUCGGUCUAUCCUAAGCUGAAGGGAUGUAUACUGAGCUGACUGGGGAUGCAAGGGGCUACUGGGGAAAGACAAAUGACUAGCUAAUUAAUUGGCUAGGACAGAACAGCAUUUAGGAACGGGGUUUUACAAUUUCCUGAACAAUUUACAUCCCAACUAUACAUAUAUGCGCAAGUGAUUACACUGAAUUUUCUGUACUGUAGUCAGUGAGCACUGCUUUUAAGUACAGAGGGCAAAAUCACAUUCUUGCCUGCAGAGAAGGAAGCCACAUGUUGAGGUUGGGAGUUUGGGUGGCAAUCGUUGGAUGCAGGAAGCACUUUUGCACAAGUUUCUUUUAUUUCCUGCUGCUCUUGUUUUUGUUCUUUCAGUAGGGAUCGGAGAAUUGGUGCACGUGCACUGGGGCACUGUAACUAGGGUGGCCAUACUCAUCACAUUCAUUGGACUCUGAAGAAGUGCAGUGAAUCCUGUAUUUCUGUCCUGCAUCAGAGACUAAAGAAUGUGUUGAUCAAAUUUAUGUUAGGUUUUUUUUUUUGUUUUUUUGUUUUUUUUUUUUAGAAAUUCAAGUUGUCAGAGACUAAAUUUCAUGGUUUUGUUCUGUCAAAAAAAAUUUGUUUGAAUUUGUCUGUCCCUUUCAUUUUUAUAUAUAAAGACGUAAAUAUAUUUAUCAGUGCAUUAACUAGGUGGAGUGUUGGUUCUAAAGGAAUUGAUUUUUUUUUUCUUUUUUUUUUUUUUCCUUUCUUGCAUUAAGAUGUAUUGCUGGAUGGUAUAUAUUUUUCUUUUUUUUACGGUCUGGCUUGUAAAUCAAUAUUAGUUUUAUUUCAUUCAAUCACAGUUAUUCUGAUACAUGAUUGUCUUUAAACUUUAGAGAGCUUUUACUGUUUGAGAGUUAUUUUGCCACGACAGUCAAAAUCUAGAAAUAUAACUUUCUGUGUCACAUAUUAGAAUGACAAGUUGAUUUUGACUUUCAUUAUAUUUUCUUUUUGUUUUGGUUUUUGUUUUAGAUUAAUGAAUAGGAUUUCAGUAUGAUUACUAAGUGAAAUGCCUUUUGCCUACCUUUGUCUUGUAAAUGCCAAUCCAUCACACAUGUAUAGGCCUCAGGGCUCAGUGAGUAGUAGCAAUUACAUGCAGUGCGUGGACAAUGUCUGUUGGCAAGCGGAUACAUCCAAAAUGUCAUUUUUGGACAUGUUUUAUUCCCCUAUACAUUCCCUUGAAGGUUGACCUGGUUAUAGGUUUUAUGUUUUUAAACUUGAAACAGACUUGUGAGCUUGGAGUGAUAAAGACCUGUUGGGUAGAUCACACUUCUGGUGAUAUUAUGCUUGCAAGCUCACAAAGUAGAGUUCAGUAUGUCUUUGAUUAUAAGUAUGAUGUGUCUCAGUCCAUUCCCUCUCCAUGGUCUUAAAGUUUUAAGUAGUGUCUGUUUGGCUGCCUUAUCAUCAGUACUGUUUGAGUUUUAUGUCAGUAAAAGUUGGAAAUUAUGCUGGUCAGAAUUCUUGGUGCGGUUUUGAGGACUAAAGUCAGCUAAUUACAGUCUCUUUAUGAUUAAUUUAUUGGUUAUUCUAGGUGUUUUUGCUUUACCAUAAAGGGAAAAAUCUAACUGCAAAAACCUAAAAUAUCUGAUCAUGUCAUCUAUUUUAUAGUUAUCACUAACUGCUGCCAUGUUAAAAAAAAAAAAAAAAAAAAAAAAAGGCAACAAGGAUAAUCAUAAUUUUUAAGAAAUUGUAUUUUUUCAUUUAAUUUCAACAUGUCCUUACUGUAAAGUCAGAAACUUACGAAGUUUAAGAAAUGUCAGCAGUUGAAGUCUUUAUACUGUUAAGCUCUCAACAGAUUUAAAAAUCCAUAUCUCAGUUGUAUGAACAAUUUACAUUUCUGCGAUAUAAUUCAACAAAAGCUAAAAGUGUCAGUUAAUGUGACCAUCUUGUAUCUUUUGCUUAAGUUCAUAUUUGAGCUACAUGUUUCAGAGAAAGAAAAUAUAGGGAUCGUGCUAAAGGCACACACACUAUAUGGUCUUGGAGUUGCAAGUUCUGAUAAAAAUUAGCUUCAUGGCUUACUUGAUUUGUUUUGAUUGAGAUGAAAUUGUGCUUUUUUUUUUUUUUUUUUUUUGGCAUCUGAUGGAGUAAUGUUCUAGUGGUCUAUUCAGUUCAGCAUCUGUUUCAAAGAAUUAUUCUGUUAUUGUUUGGUGUAUAAGGGGACCCAACCAGACUGACCAGUGUAAAUCUGAAUGGACAGUAUUGAAUCAUUUAUAUACACAACUGCAUAAUAAACUGCUAAACUGCA